AUACUCAUCAAUUCUCUGAUUAUUGUGCCAGAGUUCGGCUGGAAAAGUAAUAAUGUAAGAACUCCUUCUGAAAGUGACUCCAUUUUCGUAAUUCCUUUUGAAAUGUAUUUCUUUGUGGUUGAAGAAGUUUGACGUUUGAUAAACUGUGAAUGGGAGGCGGAAUUCAGGCAGACCUUUUGCUUGUGCCUGAAGCCUCUAUUCUUUCGGUUGCCAUUCAUUCUGUCACAUGUCAACAUGUUGCUAAUUAUCUUUUGAGUGCUGCUCUUGGUUUGCUUAGGCUGUUUAUCAGGGAGGAAGUGAACGUUUCUCUUGCUCUUCUAGCACCAUGGAUGUUGGUUAUAAAAGCAAAAGAAAAGGGGUCAGCAUUUCUACCUUGCAUUCAUUCCAUGGAGUAUGCUGUAUUUCAAGAGAAGGUGAGACGGACAGUUUAUGUGGACAGCCUCUCACCGCAUGUAACUGAAGCCGUUCUGAGAAAGGUCCUUGAACAGUUUGGAACUGUCAAAGGUGUUCAGUUCAUUCGAAACUAUAUGGGACCAAACAACCUCCCACAAUGUGCUUUGGUGGAGAUGAAGGAACCAAAGGAAGCUAAAGCAGUAAUAUCUGUAAUGACUCAAUUCCCUUUUAUUAUUUCUGGGAUACCGAGGCCAGUGAGGGCUAGAGCUGCUGACAAGGAGAUGUUUGAUGAUCGCUCAAAAAGGCCUGGUCUAAAUAUACAUUGUCGUUGGUUGAGCACUAAUGAUCCUGAUUUUGAGGUUGCAAAGAAACUUAAGCAACUUGUGCAAAAACAUACUGCUGAAUCUGCCUUUGCGCUUGAGCAACAACUGAUCCAAGAAGAGAAACUUGCAAAGCAGCAAGGAGAGGCUCUCAAAGCAAAUCAUAAAAAGUAUGAGAUGGUUGAUAAUGUUAUAGCAGAUGGGGCAGCCAAUAAACUGACAAGAAGUUUGAACCCUUGCCUUGAUUCCAAAACCAAGAUUUUGAAGUUAGUUGAUAUCAAAACAGCUAAGCUACGUUUGUAUAAGUUUCAAGUGAUUUAUAGACGGUUCUUUGACCAGUUUAGAACUUUUGGGAACCGGCAACAAUUUUUUUUGUACAAAACUACGAUGUAAGGGAAUACAAGGGGCCCUGCUUUUUGUACCGGAUGUGUCCCGGCACCUUUAUACCCGUGGUUUAAUAUUUGUUUCCACAUUAUAAGUGAAAUUAGAUUUGGCUCUUCCGCAUCAAUUAUUAUUGUAACCCAAUAAUUACAAUUCUUUUGA